GGAUGACGUCAUGCGCGGGCCAUGCCCAUGCCCUUGCAUGGUCGCUCCUAGGGAGAAUAUGCCACCCCCAUUUGGUCCGCGUUUUCACACGGAACUUCUUUCCCUUUUUUCAUUCCUCUAGCCUAGUGUGUGUGUGUGUGUGUUCUUCGCGCAACGCAGUAAUCGCUCCACAGUUGGCACGCGCGGUGGCGGAGGGCGUGCGAUCGACCAUUGCAGCUUUGAUUUGCGGAGGGGCAGGGAUUUCAGCUUGGAUCCGGGGCGGUGAUGCGUCGCCGGAGCUAGGGUUUGGUGGUGGGGUGGGAAUUGGCGUGGAUCUCAUGGCGGCGGCGCUGUAGCUGGCCAUGGUGUGCUCGAAUUUCGGGUUUUGGGGCGAUUGCGUGCUGCGAUUCGGCUCCGGGCGGGGACCUGGAAGAGGAGCGGGGAGGUAAGGGCAGCGGCGCUGCAUGGGACAAGGGGGACGCGGGGAAUUUUUGGCCCGGCGCUACAGGUUUUCGGAAGAUCUCAUGGAUCUGGAUGGGGACGCAUCGACCUCAGGAGGAGAAGGGUACAUCGUGCACUAUGUUUCGAAGCUGGACACUCUUGCGGGAAUUGCCAUCAAGUAUGGUGUGGAGGUUGCCGAUGUCAAGCGACUGAAUGGCUUGUCAACAGAUCUUCAAAUGUUUGCACGAAAGAGCCUUCGCAUCCCAUCGUCGGCAAAGCAUCCUCCAUCAGAGCAGUUCGCAUCACACAGCAGCAGUGCGAACUCAGAGCAGCCUCGUCUCGGGAGACAUUCUUUCUGCGACAUCGUGCUUCCCAACAAGAGCGAGGAGCCAACGAAAGUGAGCUCCGCGAUGAGCUUGAUGAGAGGUUACUACGGGUUAUCGACAUCAAAACUCGAGGGUGAAGGAACCGAGAUGGAAGUCUACAGAACAGAUAAUGGCUAUCAAUCCGAGGACGAGCCAUUCACUCCGCGGGACCAGGUCUCCAACAGACCAAGAGCUCACGCUCCCACCAACUUGGCCACGGAACCAAAGCUCGCCAGCUUCAACAGCAUGGUGAGCAUGGCUAGAGAUUUCGUGGCCCACGAAGUAGAAAAGGCGAGGGAGCGUGUCGCGGUGCGGCGGCGUCCCAAAGGUGAAGCUCUAGCGGCCGAGGAUCAUAGUGCUAAGCAGCAACUUCUUGGUGACAGGACAAACUACGCAGUGAGAAGCAGCGUUCCAAGGCCGAAAGCUUCUAGACUAGGACUAGAGGUAGAGGUGGAUUGCCCGGCUGGUCGAGCCGUGGUCUUCAACUCCGGGGGCGAAGCUGGGAAUGGGAAAGGCCUACGCAGUGGCAAAGUAGUGGAAGAGCUCAUCUUCAAGCUCAAGAAGUCGCCCAGCGCUCCAAACUUCCAGGACGAGAAGCCUCCGCCGUCUUCCAUGCUCAAGAAUGGAAGCAAAGGAGAUCUAGCGAGUUGGAGCCAGGCACAGAUCCAGAGCAGUGUGACGAUACCAUUGCUGGACAGCUUCACGAGGCGCAGCAAGGCUGCAUUAGACUGAAUAGAAAGGAUCCGGUUUUGGAUCGAGCAGAGCAGCGACACCAUUCUUUGAUCGAGGACGCAGCAAGAGGGAUCCGAUGGAAGUGAGAACGAGAAGAAAGAGGAGUUUUUGGGCUGCAAGACUCGCACGAAUAAGUAUCUUCGCUAGAAGUGACCAGAUAGAAGAAAUUCAUAGUGUUUGUAAUAUACGAGGUAGAAACUAGGAAA